AGUCAUAUGACAGCUGAAGGCGACAAAAAGAAAUAGAGAAAAAGUAUUUUUCCUCCCAGUCAUAUUAACUCAGUGGCGAAAAAUCUCCUUGUUCUUUAUUAAAAAGAAACAAAUUAAAACCACCAUUUAGGAGAUUUAGGAAGAUUAUAUAUCUUUUAAUCAACUCAACGAUAUAAGCUUGUGUAUUUUGUGAAGUUCAAGGAAAUAACACAGAUUCAAGAUGACUGGCUCUGGAUUUAUGUUCAACAUUGAUGGUGGUUACUUGGAAGGUUUGUGCCGUGGAUUCAAGUGUGGUAUCCUUAAACAGUCGGACUACUUGAAUUUGGUGCAAUGUGAAACUUUGGAAGAUCUAAAACUACAUUUGCAGAGCACUGAUUAUGGCUCCUUUUUGGCGAACGAACCCUCUCCUUUGUCAGUGUCAGUCAUUGAUGAUAAGCUGCGUGAGAAGUUGGUCAUUGAAUUCCAACAUAUGCGUAAUCAUGCUGUGGAGCCAUUGGCCAGUUUCCUGGAUUUCAUAACUUAUGGUUAUAUGAUUGAUAACAUUAUUUUGUUGAUCACUGGUACCCUUCACCAACGCCCCAUUUCUGAGUUGAUUCCCAAGUGUCAUCCUUUGGGCAGCUUCGAACAAAUGGAGGCCAUUCAUGUGGCUGCCACUCCAGCUGAAUUGUACAAUGCCGUCUUGGUUGACACACCAUUGGCUCCCUUCUUUGUGGAUUGUAUUUCGGAACAGGAUUUGGAUGAAAUGAACAUUGAGAUCAUCCGUAACACCUUGUACAAAGCUUAUUUGGAAGCUUUCUAUGAUUUCUGCAAAAACAUGGGUGGCUCCACUGCCGAUGUUAUGUGUGAAAUUUUGGCUUUUGAAGCUGAUCGCCGUGCCAUCAUCAUUACCAUCAAUUCAUUUGGCACUGAAUUGUCCAAAGAUGACCGCGCCAAAUUGUAUCCCCGUUGCGGCAAAAUGAACCCUGAUGGUUUGGCUGCAUUGGCCCGUGCCGAUGACUAUGAACAAGUGAAAACUGUGGCUGAAUACUACGCCGAAUAUGCUGCCCUUUUCGAUGGCUCCGGCAACAAUCCUGGCGACAAGACCCUGGAAGACAAAUUCUUUGAACACGAAGUCAAAUUGAAUGUCUUCGCUUUCUUGCAACAAUUCCACUUUGGUGUGUUCUAUGCCUACUUGAAAUUGAAGGAACAGGAAUGUCGUAAUAUUGUUUGGAUUGCCGAAUGUGUAGCUCAAAAACAUCGUGCGAAAAUUGACAACUAUAUUCCCAUCUUCUAAAUUGUAUUAGAGUAAAACCUCACACAAAACUAUGUUGUUGGCGAGAGCACACUAAGGACAAAGCGGCAUUUGUCAUUGAAGUCCAAAUGUUUGGUUCAAAACCUCCCCCCUCCCCUAUCCCGUUCGACACAUGUUUUAUUGGUACAUAUAAGUAUUUUUUGUUGUUGUUUUAUAAGUUGUGUCCUCACAUUGCAACUUCUUUUUCGCUUUAACUAUUUUAAUAAUCAUCCGUUCUUGUGUAUUUUCUUUCUUUUUUGUCUGUGUGUAAAAAUUUUGAUGGCUUUAAAUUAUCUACCUACUACAUUGACCAUCUGCAACUACCACAAAACACAUUAAUUUCAUAAAAUGAUAAGAAAAACUAAUUAUCCAACUAUUAUAAAUACUAUAAAAUGAAAUUGUAUACAUAUUGUUAGCGACUUAUAUUAAUUGUGUAAAAAAAUACAAAUACUUAAAUAUUGUGCAAAUAAUA